UUAAAUCAAAUGUAAGGAGGAAGGAGGAAAAGAAAGAAGAGUAGUAGUCAAUACUUACGAUCUACAACAAGAGAAAAUGAACUUCCCAUUUGAAGAAACUAAUGUCUUAACCUUCUUCUCUUCUUCUUCCUCUUCUCUCUCCUCUCCUUCUUUCCCCAUCUAUAACUCUUCUUCUACCACUAAUACUACUUAUGCACCUCUAGGGUUUUCGAAUAAUCUUCAGGAUGGAGGACCCUUGGGAUCAAAGGUGGUUAAUGAUGAUCAGGAUAACAUUAGAGGUGGAAUUAACAAUGAUGUGCAUUCUAAUUCUUGGUGGAGAUCAAGUAGUGAGAGUGGAGAGAUGAAGAACAAAGUGAAGAUAAGGAGGAAACUAAGAGAGCCAAGGUUCUGUUUCCAGACAAAAAGCGAUGUGGACGUUCUGGACGAUGGCUACAAAUGGCGUAAAUAUGGUCAGAAAGUCGUCAAGAACAGCCUUCACCCCAGGAGUUAUUACAGAUGCACACACAACAACUGUAGGGUGAAGAAAAGAGUGGAGAGGCUGUCGGAAGAUUGUAGAAUGGUGAUAACUACUUACGAAGGUCGUCACAACCACAUUCCCUCUGAUGACUCCACUUCUCCUGAACGUGAUCAUUGUCUUUCUUCCUUCUAAUCUCUUUCUUUACUUAUAUAUAUAUAUAUGCACAUACAUAGAUAUGUGUGAUAUUUUGCAUAUUUGAUAUUGCUUUUCAUCAGAUGUUUUAUAUAUAUUCUUGACUUUUCGUUUGUAAUAGACUUAUAUACUCUCAAUGUGGAUUAGUUAUGAUGAUCAGGUGACGUGG